AUGGCCUACGAAAUGGAGGACGUGCUGGAUGAGUGGAGCAUUGCUAUUCUUCAAUUCCAGAUGGAGGGAGUUGAAAAUGCUUCCACGUCUAAGAAGAAGGUAAGCUUCUGUAUGCUCUCCCCUUGCAUCUGUUUCAAGCAAGUUGCUUCUCGUCGUGACAUUGCUCUUAAGAUUAAGGACAUUAAACAACAACUAGAUGAUAUUGAAAUGGAGAGAAUUAGAUUUAAUUUUGUCUCUAGUGGGAGUGAGGAGCGACCAAAGCGACUUAUAACUACCUCUGCAAUUGAUAUUUCAGAGGUGUACGGUCGGGAUAUGGAUAAAAAAAUCAUAUUAGACCAUUUGUUGGGUAAGAAGUGUCAAGAGAAAUCUGGCCUCUAUAUCGUCUCCAUAGUUGGGACGGGAGGCAUGGGCAAAACAACUCUUGCUCAAUUAGGCUACAGCCAUUCAGAGGUGAAGGUCCAUUUUGAUGAGAGAAUAUGGGUCUGUGUUUCUGAUCCUUUUGACCCAAUCAGAGUUUGUAGGGCUAUUGUUGAAGCCCUCCAAAAAAAGCCUUGUAAUCUCCAUGAUUUGGAAGCUGUACAACAAGAAAUUCAAACAUGUAUUGCCGGAAAGAAAUUCCUUCUUGUGUUAGAUGAUGUGUGGACUGAAGACAAUCAAUUGUGGGAACAACUGAAGAACACCCUCCACUGCGGAGCAGCAGGGAGUAGAAUUCUGGCGACCACACGCAAAGAGAGUGUUGUUAAGAUGAUGAGAACUACGUACAAGCAUCCCUUGGGGGAGCUGUCUUUGGAGCAAUCUCGGGCAUUAUUCCAUCAAAUAGCUUUCUCUGAAAGGAGUACUUGGGAGAAAGAGGAAGAAUUAAAAGAAAUUGGUGAGAAAAUAGCAGACAAAUGCAAGGGCUUGCCCCUCGCUAUAAAAACUUUAGGGAACCUCUUGCGCAUAAAAAAUAGCAAGGAAGAAUGGAAGAACGUAUUGAAUAGUGAAGUAUGGCAGCUAGAUGAGUUUGAAAGAGAUGUUUCCCCUGCUUUGUUGUUGAGUUAUUAUGAUCUGCCCCCUGCAAUUCAACGCUGCUUCUCAUUUUGUGCUGUUUUUCCAAAAGACUCGGUUAUUUUGAGAGCUGAGCUGAUCAAGUUGUGGAUGGCACAAAGCUAUCUCAAAUCUGAUGGGAGUAAAGAGAUGGAGAUGGUUGGGAGAACGUACUUUGAAUAUUUAGCUGCUCGGUCUUUCUUCCAAGAUCUUGAAAAAGAUGAUGAUGGUAAUAUAAUAGGUUGUAAGAUGCAUGAUAUAGUGCAUGAUUUUGCUCAAUUUUUGACUCAGAAUGAAUGCUUUAUUGUGGAGGUUGACAACCAACAAAUGCAGAGCAUAGAUUUAUCCUUCAAAAAGAUUCGUCAUACCACCUUAGUUGUCCGAGACAGUACCCCUAAUUUCGCCUCCACUUAUAACAUGAAGAAUCUUCACACCCUAUUGGUUGAGGAAGCAUUCGAUUCAAGUGUUCUUCAAGUCUCACCUAAUUUGUUCAAGCAUUUGACAUGUCUCAGGGCAUUGGAUUUGAGCAGGAAUCGGUUGAUUGAGGAACUUCCUGAGUCUUCAGAAACUACCACAGGCAAUGGGUAA